CGUGGGUUCCCGCACGUCCGCCUGGCUCCCCCUUGACGUCAGCCGAGGGAUUCCAUUUAAGGCCCCUCCCGCGUGCUGCUGAGUGCCGGAGCUGCUGCCGCCGAGUCCGGACCUCAGGACCGCGCGCCCCGACGCCCGCCCCACGUGCACUCCCGGUUCCUGUCGGUUCCAAGUCCAAGAUGGCCGGUCUCAAGGAUCAGCUGAUUGUGAAUCUCCUUAAGGAGGAACAGGUGCCCCAGAAUAAGAUCACAGUUGUCGGGGUUGGUGCUGUUGGCAUGGCCUGUGCCAUCAGUAUCUUAAUGAAGGACUUGGCAGAUGAACUUGCUCUUGUUGAUGUCAUGGAAGACAAAUUGAAGGGAGAGAUGAUGGAUCUCCAGCAUGGCAGCCUUUUUCUUAGAACACCAAAAAUUGUCUCUGGCAAAGACUAUAAUGUAACUGCAAACUCCAAGCUAGUUAUUAUCACAGCUGGGGCACGUCAGCAAGAGGGAGAGAGCCGUCUUAAUCUGGUCCAGCGUAAUGUGAACAUCUUCAAGUUCAUCAUUCCUAAUGUUGUAAAGUACAGCCCACACUGCAAGUUGCUUGUUGUUUCCAAUCCAGUGGAUAUCUUGACCUACGUGGCUUGGAAGAUCAGCGGCUUUCCCAAGAACCGUGUUAUUGGAAGUGGUUGCAACUUGGACUCAGCCCGGUUCCGCUACCUGAUGGGCGAAAGGCUGGGAGUUCACGCCCUGAGCUGCCAUGGCUGGAUCCUCGGGGAGCACGGAGACUCCAGCGUCCCUGUGUGGAGCGGAGUGAAUGUUGCCGGUGUCGCCCUGAAGAAUCUGCACCCCGAGUUAGGAACUGAUGGGGAUAAGGAGCAUUGGAAAGAGGUUCACAAACAGGUGGUUGACAGUGCGUAUGAAGUGAUCAAACUGAAAGGCUAUACAUCCUGGGCCAUUGGACUGUCUGUGGCAGAUCUGGCAGAAAGUAUAAUGAAGAAUCUUAGGAGGGUUCAUCCAAUUUCUACCAUGAUUAAGGGACUCUAUGGAAUAAAGGAUGAUGUCUUCCUUAGUGUCCCUUGUGUCCUGGGGCAAAAUGGAAUCUCCGAUGUUGUGAAGGUGACUCUGACUCCUGAGGAGGAGGGGCGUUUGAAGAAGAGCGCGGAUACCCUGUGGUCGAUCCAGAAGGAGCUGCAGUUUUAGUCUUCAGUGUCCCCACGUCACUGUCUAGGCUGCAGGAGCGUUUAGUUGGAGGUUGUGCCACUUGUCCUUUUUAUCGAUGUGUGGUUGAAGCAGUACUAUAAAGAUGGCCUGGGGAAAACAUGGGCUUCCCACAGUUAGAAAUAGAAAUGGUUCUCAGAGCCCCCCAGUCCUAUCCUGAUGCUGAUGGUACUUGCACUUGUAUAGUCCUGGUUAGUGUAAAGUAGCCCACCGCCUGACACCACGGCCAGUGCCACACAGGCUCCAGUGUCACUCUGCUAUACAGCUUCACCAGCCAAGCCUCGUCUGAGCUUUUCCCCAGUAGGUCACAGCCUGGGAUCCAGUGUACAAAUGGGUAUUGCAUGUCUUGUGCAUAACUGUUGGAAAGGAUUUUACUUUGUGCAGUAUAUAUGUAUCAGUAGUGUGCAUUGCCGUGUACUGUAAAAAGGAAAGAUCUACCUGUGAACAGUGCAACCAAGUGUCACGCCAACUACAAUACCAAAUAAACCUUCAACAGUGACCACUGUUAACGUAUCGAGAUACUAA